GUUAUUUCAAGUAAAAAUCGUAAAAUAAUUUUAAAUUAAUUUAAAAUUGUAGAAUUACGAUUAGUUUGGGACAUUACUAUUGCACUACAAAGCUGCUUUUUAUUAUUCCUGUUGCAAGCAAGCCUGUGCUAUACUGUCUUGUUCGUCUUUGUUAUUAUUUGAGAAUUAAUAAUCAUUAUUUUUCAAUAAUUUUGACAAAUAAACUAUUAAAGAAGGAUUUUAAAGAUGGCUCAGGUCAAGAAGUACGUGCAAGAUGUUAGGAAAGUGAUCGACGAUGCCCUGAAACAUGACAACGUAGCCACCAGGCUGCUCCAACAGUUGGAAGACAAGACUGGCGUGAAGAAGAUUAAUUUCGUUUUUGGUUUAAUAGUUUUCAUCGCCAUCUAUUUGAUGGUUGGUUUUGGAGGUGAUUUCCUCUGCAACUUUCUGGGCUUUCUAUACCCUGCUUAUGCCUCAAUCAAAGCUGUGGAGUCUAAGGAAAAAGAUGACGAUACAAAAUGGCUGACUUACUGGGUGGUCUACAGCAUCUUCCAUCUUCUGGAGUAUUUCACUGACAUCUUUCUUUUCUGGAUUCCUCUUUACUGGUUCUUCAAGUGUGCUUUCUUGGUCUAUUGCAUGAUUCCUACUUCUUUCAACGGCUCGAUAACCAUCUACAACAAAGUUAUCAGACCCUAUGUUCUCAGAUAUGAGAAAACUGUCGAUUCCCAUCUUGAUAAAGCCAAAGAAGUUGUGAAGGACAUAGCCAAAGAACUGAAAACUAAUUAGAUGAUGACGUCAUUGUCCUGACUUCAUCAUCAUCAUCAUUAUUCGUUUUGUUAUUAUUAUUAAUAGUUUUAGUCCGACCCAAAAUGGAUGGAGACUAUAAACGAGGAUUGAGCGAUUGAUUGAGUCUGAAAAUGGUGACAAAUCUAGUUAUUUAUAAUCUCCUAGCGAUGACGAUGGUAACAGUGAUGAUGUUGCAGACCAAUGGUAGAAGUAAUAAUGAUGAUGAGAAUGGUGGUGAUGUUGAUUUUACAAGAGUGAUGUAUUUUCAGUAGUGAUUUUAAGUUUUUCUUUAUAUAUAGAUGUGCGUGUGUGCGUGCGUUUGUGUGUGUGCGUGUGUUGAUGUUUAUUGUUAUUAAUUAUUAUCUAUCAUGCUAUGAUAUUUUUUAUUUAAUCAUGAUUGGUCUUUUCGAAACUGUCAAAUUUUCGAUCAUUGAUGAUAAUGUUAAGCAUAAAUACUCAAUUUUUUUUUAUAUAGACUAAUUCUAUGAUUUGAUAACGUGAUUUUAGUGUCCGUAAUUUAGUUUUACUUAUAAAUUUAUUUAUCAUUGUGAAUUUUUUCAUAUUUUGCUGUAUUCCUAAUUUUAUGUGUGUAUAUACAUUUAUUUUUCAUUGAAAAAUCUCUGCCAUUGUGUGCGUGUGUGAGAGUCACCGAUUGUACAGCCUGGCCGGAUGAUCUACCGAAAUACCAUUGAGCCAUCACUCUUUUUGGAUUCCGAGGAGUAGUUGUUUAGUAUUGUUAGCGAAAUUUUUAUUUUGCUCUCAGUAGUUUUUGAAACGUCUAAAUUUGAACACGAGAUUGAAUGUUAUCUCAAUCAAGAAUUGUUCGAUAGAAGUGAAUAGGUUACUUUUUCCCAUAAGUUUGUUUUUCGUUCUAGAAAAAAAUUUUUCUCUCAAAAAUUAUGGAUUUUUUGGCUUGCUUCAGCCGAAUAGCGAAUCAACUGCUCGACUAUUCGGUCAGAUUUACUAUUUGGUGCAUCUCUGUCUGUUAUGUGCGUGUGUGUAGUUUUCGAUUUCCGAUCACGAAUUUGCAUACAUUUUUCAUUAUUAAAUUACAUCUCGUUAUAUUGAUGAUCAUGUAAUAAAAAUAGUUGCAAAAUAUUGCAUAUUAAAUCAUGAUAAAAUAAUAAGAAAGUAGUAAAUAAUUAUUAUUUAAAUAAUAAAAUAUAAAAACAUAAUUAUUUUUCGCAUACGGACAAAUCUUUUAUUACAUGCUAUCAAAAUGAAUGUUUCUGCCAUUAUUAUAAUUAUUGUUAGGUUGAUAGUGUUAUGAUAUUAUUGGAAUGUGUGUGUGUUUGCAUGUGUGUGUGUUUGCAUGUGUGUGUGCGUGUAUGUUAUCCUUAUUACUUCUUUUAUUAUUUGUUAUUAUUGUUAUGCUAUCUAUAUUUGUCCGGUCCAAUCAAUUUUUUAUUUCAUUCUUGUGCGUGCGUGCGUGUGUGUGUGUGUUUUAUUAACAGCUUGCUUUUUCAUAAUAAAAUUGUUAAUAAAUAAAUGAAUAAAUAAAUAUUAACAAACACUC